UUGACCAGCCCUGAUAAAACAAUCUCAGUUGCCUUGUAGUGUCUGGUAGAAAUACCGACCAAAUACAGCUUAUGUACUAUGUUCUUUAUUUCCACAGAAGUUUACAUUUUGAGGUCAGAUUCAUGCUGGAGAGAGCUAGGAAGCAGGAAGAGCUACUUUUCAAGUACAAGGGAUAUUUUUUAAGAGUAGGAUAAUCCACGUGUUUCAGGACUAGGCGGUGCAGCGAAGUACAUGUUUUUCUUUCAGGUUGUAUGCCGAAGUGUAUAUUUGAAAGUCAAGACAAUUUGAACAACUUGCUGUUUAUUGUAUGGACAAUGGAGCUUGAGUAUGAGAUGGGGGAAACACUGAAACUGGAAGACUGGAAGGACCUGGAACAUGUGACACCUGUGAAGAUCUUUCUGACGAUUCUCUACAUCUGUAUCCUGCUGACAGGGAUUGUGGGGAACAGCGUGACCAUCAAAGUCACCCAGGUUCUAAUGAAGAAUGGAUACCUGCAGAAGAAUGUGACUGAUCACAUGGUGAGCCUGGCUUGUUCAGACCUGCUGGUGCUGCUCAUUGGUUUGCCUGUGGAACUCUACAGUGCCAUAUGGUUUCCGUUUUCCUCAGCCUCGGGAAAUAUAUCCUGUAAAGUCUACAAUUUCCUCUUUGAAGCCUGUAGCUAUGCUACCAUCCUCAAUGUUGCCACGCUCAGCUUUGAGAGAUACGUUGCCAUCUGCCACCCUCUGAAAUACAAGUCAUUCAUUGGUUCGUGGACCGUAAAGCUCAUUGUUUUUGCUUGGGUGACAUCGGUGCUUGUUGCCGUCCCACUGCUUUUUGCUACGGGGACUCAAAGUCCCAGAGAUGUGCCACUUGAGCUGAAUCAGUCCUCCUCCACAUUAGUGCCAAAUCAAGUGGGAAAUAUUGAUAUACAGAACUUGACCUUUUGUACGAAUCUCACUUCGAUGUGGGUGAUGUACAGGUUUAGCAUCUUUGCGGCAUUCAUUGUUUACAUCAUUGUCUUGGUGAGUGUAGCAAUCAUGUGCAAGAGGAUGAUCUAUGUGCUUUCGAGCAUAAACAGGAAGUCUACCAAGCAAGACGCCAACAGCAUGAAGAUUCUUCCCAAACAUGAAAGUUCAAAGAUGAAAGAGUCCAGAAAACAAACCAUCAUCUUUCUAGUGUUGAUUGUCUGUUGUCUCGCUGCAUGCUGGAUGCCGAACCAGAUCCGCCGCAUCAUGACAGCAGCCAAGACCAAGAGAGACUGGGACAUGUCUUACUUGAAGAGCUACGUGAUCCUCCAUCCAAUCGCUGACACCUUCUUCUACCUCAGCUCUGUGCUAAACCCCUUCCUCUACAACCUGUCCUCCCAGCAGUUCCGCCAGGUGUUUGUCCAGGUGCUGCGCUGUAGGCUCACCAUAGAGCACAUCAACAAGAGACAUGUCCGGAAGCCUGAUGCUGGUUCUGCCCUCUCCACGCGGCCCCUCAUGCUCCGCUCGCUGCACCAAGGCCAACCUGCCGAAACCAGCAGCGAACCCAACACUCUGUCCCAUGUUUCAAAGCCCCCCUUGACUCAGCUCACUGAAUCCAUCCACUCAUAAUUUCCGAAGUUCCAGAGCUGAGCUCCACACUCAACCAGCAGGCUGCAGAGGGUCAAGUGUGUCAAGUAUGUAUCCAUAGCAUACAUCAAGUCCCCCCCACCAUGUGUUGUUCUGAAGUUACUAAACUGCAAUUGCCUAAACAGAACAAAAAAGAACGAAAAACCUGUUACUUAAAAAAAAAAGAAAAACCACCAAGAGGGCAUUUCACAUUACUUGAGACACAGUCAAAUUAAAAUUUACAUCUAUUCAUUUAUCUGAUCCUUCUCUCCGAAGCAACUUGC